AUGGCCAGGAACAGCACUGAGCCGGCGCCUGUGCUGCCAAUGGAGUUGCUGCACGACCACAAGGCCGUGGGUGCCAGGGUGCGUGUGGUCACCAGAUUCCAAGAGGUCUUUGAAGGCUCUAUCUUCGCGCUGGACCCUCUCGCGCACUUCCUCGUGCUCGAAGAGAAAAAUGGCGCCAAGAGCAAAACACGGAUCUUGCAACUCGAGAUACUGCAAAAGGUCGAGAUAUUGAGUCCUGCUCCGGCCGGCUUGCGGCUGACCCUGCCUCGAAUCAGCGAAGCAGAACUGAAGCGUGCAGAGCAUCGAAACAAGGGGGUAGCAGAGCGAGCGUUGGCUUCUAUUGGUCAGGGCGUGUCUAGUGAAGCUCAACUGAUCUUCGAUGCUCUGAACAAGACGAUGCCGUGUGAGUGGGAGGGUGCCAACAUUCGAGUCAUGGGUGAGGUCAGGAUUACACCACCGUACCAAGUGCAGAAUUGCGUCAGUGCGAACGCUCAAGUGCUCUCGCGGGUCAAGAAAGUGAUGGAAGGGGAGAAGAGCAAGUUGAAGAAGGCCAAGAAGUAA